UGCCCGAGGUGCUGACUGCAACAGGCGCCGUGCGCCCGGGAGAGGGUCCCGCCAUGGCCGCGCUGGAGUGGUACGCACACAAGGCCCUGGGAGACGGCGUCUUCUGGAUACAGGAGCGCUUCUAUGAGUCGGGGAACCGGGCGAACAUCUGGCUGGUGCACGGCUCCCACCAGGACCUGGUUAUAGACACGGGACUCGGGCUGCGCAGCCUGCCGGACUAUCUGUGCGCGGCCGGGCUGCUCCCGCACGGCAAGCAGGGGGGGUCCGGGCGCCGGCCGCUCAUGGCUGUGGCCACGCACGUUCACUUCGAUCACGCCGGUGGCCUGCACCAGUUCGAGCAGGUGGCGGUGCACCGGGACGAGGCGGACGCGCUCAUCCGGGGAGACAACUUCGAGACCGUGACCUGGUUGUCAGACAGCGAAGUGGUGAAGCCCCCGAGCCCGGGCUGGAGCGCCAGUCAGUUCAAGGUGCAGGCGGUGACCCCCAGCCACAUCCUGGAGGACGGUGACAUCAUCAGUCUUGGUGACAGACAGCUGACAGUGAUGCAUAUGCCGGGACACUCCAGAGGCAGUAUCUGCUUACAUGAUAGAGAUCGCAAGAUCCUGUUCAGUGGGGAUGUCGCCUAUGAUGGAUCGAUGAUAGACUGGCUUCCUUACAGUAAUAUCCCUGAGUAUGUCCGAUCCUGUGAACGUCUCAAGGGUUUGGUGGACCGAGGUCUGGUAGACAAGGUGCUCCCUGGGCAUUUCAACACGUUUGGGGCAGAAAGACUUUAUCGUUUGGCUUCCACAUAUAUAGCAAAUGCUGGAGUUUGCCACAAAAUGUCCACCUAUGCAGUGCGCUCCUUUGCUGGAUUAGCCCUCCGGGUAACAAAUUCUCGGAGAACAACUUAGAGAACCUCGGCAACGCCAACGAAGAACGAAACACGGAGAACUUCUAUGCAAACAUCUAAAACCAAACAAGUUCACAAGGUGUUCAGUGUGUAGAUCCCUUCAGUAUCUCCCAUAUGAGCUUGUAUUAUCGACAUGUUCUGCCCAUGAAUCUAGGUAUAGAUUGAUGGACAAAAUGAGGUGGAAAAUGUAUUUUUUAUAAUGUUAUGCAAGCUCAUAGGAUUCGCUGAAUAUUAAGUGAAUGUGAUACAAGUAUAAGACAAGAAAUUUUUUGAAAAUUUCUUGAACUUUAAAAAUGGUGUGAAGUAGGUACAGACUGGAGUAGAAUGAAUUUAGUCACUUUGCCUGAGAGUGAUCCAGCGUCGGUCCACCUUUGGAUGGAAAAAAAGCCACUUCAGGGUUGUGCACACGUUGCCGAUUAUGUGCAUUUUUGUGUGUGUGUAUUUUCAUGUCGAAAAAACUGCAGUGUAAGGCCUCAUGCACACAGCCGUUGCCCGGCCGUGGGUCCACAAUCCGGAACGAAGGCAUAGAUCCCCACGGAAGCUUCCGUGGGGUUUCUGCCCAUGCACUACUUUUUUGUGGUGCGGAUCGCGGAACCCCAUUCAAGUGAAUGGGUUCGCAAACUUGCGGUCCGCAGCACAGCCCCGGCCGGCAUGAGGCCUAAUACAGUACCAGCAAAGUGAAUGAGAUUUGACGAAUUUCAUGUAUGCUUUGCCUAUUGUGUCCGUGCAAAAAAAAAUGGAUCUGCCGUGCAGAUUUUGAAAUCGACACCAUGCCAUUUGCUUCUGCAGAUUUUUGGUGUGGAUUUCAUCCUCUGCACUGCAAAGGGUGAGAUCGGUGCAGAACAAAAUCUGCAGUAACAAAUGUGGAUUUUGGUGCGGAUUUGUGCAGAAAAACAGAGAAAUCAGCACAAAAAUCCCUGGGGAAAUUCUGUUUGUUAAACCGCCCCCCCCUGUGCAGGUAACCUUAGGCCUCUUUCACACGAGCGUCGCGGCUGAUUGCCGGAUGCAUUCAGGGUGCAUUGCGGGAAACCCGUGCGAGUAGGCACGCAAGUUCAGUCAGUUUUU